CGAAAAGUCUUCGGAUCUUGAAAAAAUAGUCUGCCACCCGCUGCAAGCUAUAUUUUUGGGGUGCGCCACCACACGCUGCCAGAGAAACACACACUUAAACCACGGUCGUUCUGUUGCUGUCAUGUCGUCUCCGAAACCUCAAGGAAAAGAAGUAUCUAAAAAAGCUAGCCAACCUGCAGAUGAGGCCCACGAUGAGAAUGAACACGUAGAAAAAGGUGCCAAAGGCGAAGCGACAAAAGAUAUGAAGAAUGUCACCAGCUACCUCAAUGAAGAACUGGCCAAUCGUCAAGUGGAUGCCGACAAAUUAGCAAAGACUAUGAGUUUCCUCAACGAGGAAGCUAAAAAGCACAAGCACGAAACCUUGAAUAAAACCAUGGCAACGUCUGUGGACAAGGAAGCAGUUUCUGUGGUGAUGAAUCAGUUAGAGGUUAGCAAGACUGAAGCUGAGAAAGCUUUGCGAGAACACAACAAUGACAUUGUCAAAGCGUUGAUAAGCAUCAUGGAGACGGCAUAAUGAGCCAAAUAAAAAAAGGAAUAUAAAAACAUCAGAUGUGACAUUGGUUAUUUUCUGCAAACGACUAGAAACGAAGGCAGAAUGGUAUGUAUUUUACGACAACGAUCACAGUCGUAAGUAUAUAGAACAUGGAUAUGAAUGGAUUCAUUCAAGUUGAAUCAUGUUAUGUGAACGAAAAGCGUAUUUAUCAUAGAUUCGAAGGGUUUGGGCUUUAUUUCUGCGAGGCAAAAAUUGCAAGGAAAAGAAAAAAUGUUAUUAUCAAAGCAAUGUUGUGAAAUAAGGUGACAAGGAAGAUUAAGGAGGGGA